GCUGUAAUCGGAAGACAGGUGACCCUGGUGACAGUGGGAGGAGCUUAGUGAGCGCGUAGAGCUGCUGAGAUGUCAGGUGACCGUGUGAUGGAGGUGGGCGGAGCCUUCCACCCACGAGAUGUCUGAAGAGCAAUUCUGCUGGUUGCCCUUGGAAACAGAAAGUUUAUGGCGCCAAUACUUUUUUAAUAAUGACUGCAGAGAGUGCUCUAUACUGAUAUAUGUUUUCAGAUCUCCACAAUGAAAUGUGUGAAGAAAUGUCAAGAGCUCAGGGGUUAACCUUUAACUAGAAGAUGUGUGGAAUUCCCCUUUUCACCUCACCCGGUAUCGGCACAAGUGAUUAUGUUAAAAGCACGUACCUGUAGCGGGAUGACAUCACCAGAGGCCUGAUGAAGCACCGACAGGCGUGAAACGGCCGCUGUCGUCCAGGAGACAUUGCUGAAAUAAAAGCUGCAUGAAGAUCCACCUGGUCAGGUACAGUCUGCACUGAUUAUGCUGGAGAUCCAUUCGAAAAAACAAAGUCAUUUUACCAUGAUACUUUUGCCUUGUGAACACCUUUGCAGACAGAAACCACUAUAAGGUCCAUGUGAACUGCUCCUAAUUCCUAAGCUGAGCUGAACAAGCCACCUCAAGAUCUGGUGUCUUGGGGUUGGCUGCCCCAUGCACAUCGAUGGUACCAUGGCCAGUCCGCACGAUCCGUUGAGUUGGUCAUCUUCUCCAAAUCUCAUUGUUGAUACAAUACGCGAAGAUAAGGAGUACAUGGUAGGAUAUAGUGAUCACACCAUAUCUGGUCACCAGUCUCAAGAUACUCAAGAUAAGUGUGAUAACUUGUGUGAAAAUGCCAACAGCCCAGUCACUGCAGCGGUCCUGACCUCCAUCAGCGAGGACUCUAGAGAUCAGUUUGAGAAUAGUGUCUUGCAGCUGAGGGACCAAGAUGAAAUAGAGAAUGUUGCACCUCAAGGCAGCAGCCAUUCAGGAGAUGGAGGCAGUAAUAGUGGUACCGAAGACAUCAAGAUACAUUUCAGUCGCUCUGGGAGUGGAAAUGGAGGAUUCCUGGAGGGACUUUUUGGCUGUCUGCGGCCUGUAUGGAAUAUGAUAGGCAAGGCUUAUUCUACAGAUUAUAAACUACAACAGCAAGACACUUGGGAAGUUCCAUUCGAGGAGAUUUCGGAGCUGCAGUGGCUGGGCAGCGGGGCACAAGGAGCAGUUUUCCUGGGGAAGUUUCGAGGAGAGGAAGUUGCAAUCAAGAAAGUGAGAGAACAAAAAGAGACUGAUAUUAAGCACCUGAGGAAAUUGAAGCACCCCAACAUCAUUGCUUUCAAAGGCGUUUGUACACAGGCACCAUGUUACUGCCUUAUCAUGGAGUACUGUGCUCAUGGACAGCUUUAUGAGGUACUCAGGGCUGGAAGAAAGGUCACCCCUAGGCUCCUGGUGGACUGGUCAAGUGGGAUUGCUAGCGGCAUGAAUUACCUCCACCUGCACAAGAUAAUCCAUAGGGAUCUUAAAUCACCCAAUGUCCUAGUCACCCACACAGACACAGUGAAGAUUUCGGACUUUGGAACAUCCAAAGAACUUAGCGAUAAAAGCACCAAGAUGUCAUUUGCUGGCACUGUGGCGUGGAUGGCUCCUGAAGUCAUCCGCAAUGAGCCUGUCUCAGAAAAAGUAGACAUCUGGUCUUUUGGGGUUUUGUUGUGGGAGCUAUUAACCGGGGAGAUCCCAUACAAGGAUGUGGAUUCAUCAGCCAUCAUCUGGGGUGUAGGAAGCAACAGUCUCCAUCUUCCAGUUCCUUCAACUUGUCCCGAUGGGUUCAAAAUCCUCAUGAAGCAGACUUGGCAAAGCAAACCCAGGAACCGUCCAUCUUUCAGACAGAUCCUCAUGCACCUGGACAUAGCCUCAGCUGAUGUUCUGGGGACACCUCAGGAGACGUAUUUUAAAUCGCAGGCUGAAUGGAGAGAAGAAGUAAAGAAGCAUUUUGAGAAAAUCAAGAGUGAAGGGACCUGCAUCCAUCGAUUAGAUGAGGAGCUGAUCCGUAGACGUAGAGAGGAACUGCGGCAUGCAUUGGAUAUCCGUGAGCACUAUGAGCGCAAACUAGAGCGAGCCAAUAACCUGUACAUGGAGCUAAGUGCAAUCAUGCUGCAGCUGGAAGUCCGUGAGAAGGAACUUAUCAGGCGUGAACAAGCUGUAGAGAAAAAAUACCCGGGGACAUAUAAGCGACACCCUGUUCGUCCUAUAGUCCAUCCUAAUGCUGUGGAGAAACUUAUCAAAAAGAAAGGUGCUUCCUGUAAAUCAUCAUCUCAGACCAGGCGGCCAGACCUAUUAAAAUCAGAUGGUAUUGCUAGCAUGGAGUCAAAUGUCCCGAGUUCUUCUCCCAUAUCUGGAAGUCCAAAGAUAUCCUCAGGAGGAAAGAAUCGCUACCGAAGCAAACCACGUCACCGGCGAGGGAACAGCAAGGGUAGUCAUGCCGACUUCAUAAGUGCAAUAAAAAACCAGGACUUUUCUUCGCCUUCUCAAGCUACUCAUCAUUUGCCUCCUGCUACCCCACCAUUUACCCCACCCAGCCCUCGGCAUGAACCUGCCAAGCCUAUGUUGACCCGCCAUCAAACCCUCAAUGUGCAUGGGCAGAAUAUUGCUAACUGUGCCAAUAAUUUGCGCUACUUUGGCCCUGCAGCUGCACUAAGAAGUCCUCUGAGCUGCCAUGCUCAGCGGUGUAUGUCUGGCUCCAGCCCUGACCUUCUGUCCAGCACGCUGGAAGCUGACAGUCGCAUGCAGUCAGAAAAAGACUGGGACUACUGUCAUCAAGAUCCUUACAAACCCUGUCUUGGUUGUCCGGAGGCCUCCCCUCCUCCAGAUGUGGACCAUGAAACUUGGGAACAUGCUGGAAGUGAUACCACAGAGCUGCGAAACUCUGAGAGAAACCCUCCAGAGUCUCCAAGACACCAUCAAAUACAGGCAGCACCUGAACCUCCGCAGAGGGAAGUUGACCAGUUUCUAACAAUUAGGGCAGCAGUAGGUGUGAGUGCCCUUGCCGUUCCAACACCUCCUGCUCUUCCACGAAGAAUACGGACCCUUAGAAAGACUGGUGAUGAAUCCUCAGAAGAAGAAGAGGGAGAGGUGGACAGUGAAGUUGAGUUCCCGAGAAGACAGCGUCCUCCCCGGGGAAUGACCAGCUGUCAGUCUUAUUCCACCUUCAGCUCAGAAAACCUCUCUGUGUCUGAUGGAGAAGAAGGAAACACUAGUGACCAUUCUAACAGCCCCGAUGACCUAGCAAGCAACCGAAAAGACCCAUUAUGUGAAAAGUUGGAGGACAUGCUGUCCCAAACACCAGAAAUUCCUAUUGAGAUCUCCACACAAUCAGAUGGGUUGUCUGACAAAGAGUGUGCCGUGAGAAGGGUCAAGACCCAGAUGUCCUUAGGCAAGCUCUGUGCAGAGGACCACAGCUAUGAGAACCCAGGAAAUUUUGCAGAAUCGGACUGUGAUUCCUCCGAAGCAGAAUGUUCUGAUGCAACUGUACGAACCAACAACCCGGGCAGCACUUCCACCUGGUGAAACCAAUCUGCCACGAACAGUAUUUCAUUGCUCCUAUAUAUGUCAAUUGUCAACCUUUCAAGCAGCAUAUACCAGAAAUGUAAAGGCCGCUUCCCAUCCCCUUAAAUCUUUUUGAAUAACCUUUCCAUCAAGUGAGGGGCAGCAAAGUAUUGCAAAGCAAUAUGUUGUUGGUCCUCCAGUCCACUUAUUGGAGUAUAGUUGACUGAAAUCUGCAAUAAUGAGGGCCCAAUGACUUGUGGGAGACCCCUCCUCGAAAUGAACAAGCUUCACAAUGGAAGCAUAUCACUAUGUAUGGCAGGGAUAAAUAUUUUAACAAACUAAGGUACUGUAAAAUUCCAUAUUUAUUUUUAUUUACGUGUUUGGACCCUUUUUAUUGUAUGAUAGGCCUAAAGGAGAAAAGUAUAAUAGCACUAAUUGAAUGGAACACUGGGAAGAGCAUUCAAUUCUGAUGGACAUUCAGACGCCUAGAGGGUUGCUGCUGUUUUUUUAGGGACCAAAUGUUUUUUUUUUUUUUUUCCUUCAAUGAAUUAGUCUUGAAAACACACCCUUUAUAUAGAAAGACUGAAGGGUUACAUAUGCUUAAGAACAAAGCCUAGAACCCAGUAUCUACAAGGAUAAUGCUGUGGACAAAUAUGAUUUGCUCAUGUUUGUAAGUAUUGCUGCAUGAUCCACAUAGAAUAAGAAUUGGUGGAUACAAGAAUGAGGACAAAAAGCAGCAAACACCUGAAAAUGUGGUCACAUUUUCUGAAGAAUGAAAAAGCCACUAGUUUGGUUUCAUGGUAGAACUGCUGGCUAGGAAGUAGACUUUGUUAUCAAUUCACGAAACUUUCUACCCUUCCAAAUGAAACCCCGGAUCAGCAGAAGUGCAGAAAUCCUUAAGCUGUAGUGGGUAAAUGUUUUGGGGCAAGCUUUUACAAACUGUUCAAAGACACCAGCACUUGGAAACAUCUCCCAUGAUUUCUAUUAAUCUUCUGUUCCUCCUGGACACCGAUCAAAUCCAGAGAGUAGAGAGGUCACCCACCACCCUACUCAGGAGAGUUCCCAGCCAUAUCUCCCAUUGUCUCAUAGUGGUGACCUUUCCUCUCUCUCAGAUACACUUGACCUAUCCUCCAUGAAAGUAUACAUGUGUCAUUUUCAUUGCACCCUUACAACCACCUAAAAGCACAUGAUGGGAUAUACAGGACCGAUGAGAAAAGGGCAAUAUAUUAACACCCUAAGGAGAGGAGGCCCCUUUUCCUCUUCUGAUCAGGAUUCUUUGGCUUCAGAUGAGUAUCAAACAGUUAAUUCCAGAGUGGUAUUCAUUGGUGCAUUUCCAGCUCCAACUUAUGCUACCAGAGAAGAUAUCACAUGUUGGCGAAAAUUUCCAACCAAAUGUUUGCGAUUUACUCAGUUUGUUGAACCAGCAAAACUGACAGACAACUAAACGUAUGCAACCCCAAAAUAUAUAUUGCUCAGCUUAAACAAAAAACACUUCUUUUUGCAUAAUGUUGACUGGAUAAUUUUGUUUCCAAAAUAUGAUCCAACUACCCCAACUAAGCAACUGAACUUGCAUUACAGGGAUGGGAACAUCGUUUCUUUUUGGCUAAUGUUAGAAAUAAGAUGUUUCUAGCCAUUAAAGGUCCAUGCAUUUGUGCUGUGAGGAGAUCGGAUUUCAGAGGCUCCUCAUGGGCGUUCACACAUUUUUUUGUCAGAAGGGUCUAUUGUGGGUGAUGACAUCACUCCAAAGUUAAUUAGCCAACCAGAAUUCACUAUAGGGUAUUUAUCAUUGGACCAUUCUUCCAUUUACUGUAUUGUUGUUGUUUUUUUAUGUUUAUGUAAAUUUUUAUGUUUAUGGGUUGUUUUUUUCUGUGAAUUAAGCCAUAAUUUGUAUUUCUAUGGCAGGUAAUUUAUUUCCCUGAAAACCUCAGGACCCAGAUUCAUGUAACCUGGGAUUAAAAGUGAACCUAUCACCUAAACACACUGUACACAGCCAUUCGUGGGAAUGUAGUCAACAAAGCAUUAGUAACAUCACUACCGGGAUGUAUAUGUGGCUUGUAACAAUAUGUCUCUUCUGAAUUGUUAGGCUGAAAAGAAUGAAGCUUUUUGCACUGUGUAUGGGUUGUAGGUUCUCUUUAGGCUUGGAGCACAACUCUACACUUGGUUCUUCCAGUGUAAGUCCCAAUUCAUAUACCUGAAUCUGGACGUUUUAAUUCAUUGAUUUUGUUUACACAUAUGUGCAAAUUUAACCCCUUUGCUGUUGGACGAAUAUGAGAACUAAGAUAUAGAAAAAAGAAAAACAAUCAUGGGCAGAAUACUUUUUUUUUUUUUUUAAGUACGGAUUAUGUAAAAAUCGGGUUGCACUUUAUCAUCUCAUUUGAAGCAUUAAAGAGUCACAUAGGGGGAUAUAUUCAAAAACUUCUUUAUUUUUACUUAGACGAGGUGAUCCAAGAUUGUGCCAGAUUUUUAACAGUGACUAUGACUGUUCUAAAAUCUGGUGCAUGUUAAACUGUGUGCUCAGUGUACAGCACCUCUGAGGUGGCAUAAUUAGGGACAGUUUGGGGUUUCUUUUUUCUUUUUUUUUUUUUUUAACAAAUCAGUUUUGAGACUCCCCCCCACAUUGAAUACUAGUUAGUAUUGUCACACCUCUUUUAUUAUACCAACUAGCCUGGCCUUAGGGGUGUAAGUGUUUACUGAAGAUCUGUAAAUGAUUUAAUGUAGCAUUUACAGAUUGAUUCUAAAGACUUGAAGUGAUGUCUUUCACCUAUCCAGUUGGCAGCUGUCAAUGUGUGGUUCAGAAAAGUAUCCCUUUUAAUCCCAUUUCUGAUGUGUCAACCACACAUAGAGCAAUAUGCAACAUUAUGUGAUUUCAGAAUGGACUUCAUGCCAGUUAUGGUCCUAGUAAAAUAGUCACACUGGACACAAUAAAUAUGACUGCUCCGGAUCACUGGCUGUCCUCUGAUGAGAACAGACAAGAUGCAGUGGCCAUACUGAUCCUAUUGGAGUUGGCUGUCAUCCUAUAUGACUACUUUAUUACUCACCUCGGGGACACAUAUUGGCCAGAUUUAUCAAACUGUGUGAGAGAAAAAAUGGAGAGAUUUUUCCACAGCAACCGAUCACAGCUCAGCUAAUGAGCUGAGGUAAAGUGAAAGCUGAGCUGUGAUUGGUUGUUACGGGAAAAUCACUCCACUUUUUCUCUCACAGAGUUUGAUAAAUCUGGGCCAAUGUGUUACUGAUGUGUUUAUCUCUACUGACUUGACCAGAAAAAUGGCAGCUUCCACUAUGGCUGGACAAGUCUCCUUUAAGAUGUUCUUGGUGCUAUGUGAUCUUUUAUAAUCCGGGAAAGUAUCAAUUUAUACAUGUGGCUGCCUAGUAACAAAGUGUAGCCUUGUGUAGUCAUGCAUUUCUAUAUAUUAAUACAGGGAUACUAUAUCUCUGUGUUUGGUGCAGAAAUAGACGCAUGACUUCAGGUUUCUGUGGAUCUAGUAAACCAAAUCCGGGGCACUCUGUUGUGUCUCAGGUGCAGAAGUAGGAACUUCCUCCACUUACUUCUGAAGUUGAAUAGAACUUUUUACAAUUUAGGGUUUAUGCACAUAAAAGGUGAUUUUUUUUUUUUAUUGGGAAGAAAUCCACAAAAUAUGUACGUUUGGGUCCCAGGUUUACGUCCUUCAUUAGACAUGGAUUGCAGGAGCAGAAGGGACACAUAGGGAAAAGUGAAGCAAUGCUGUAUGAAGCAAAUGUACAGUGAUCCCUCAACUUACAAUAGUUUCAACAUACAAUGGUCUUUUCUGGACCAUUGUAAGUUGAAACCAGACUCAACAUACAAUGUACAGACAGUCCAGAUCUGUGAAACGCGUCAAUGGCCGGAAGAACAGACCAAUCAGAAUGGGCAUUCACUAGUAAAACCCCUGUAUUACUGAAGUGCAUGCACUGACUGGUGUCUGCUAGCGCCCCCUACAGUACAGGGAGGUACAACAUGUUCUGUACUACUCUUUACCUGUUCCAUGGUUAGCUGCUCAUUUGGACACCAGGUGAGGACGACUCCAAGUUGCGUGUACUUUACAGGACCCUGAAGAAGCUCCUGUCCUCUACAUAGACCAGUGUUUCCCAAGCAGGGUGCCCCAGCUGUUGCAAAACUACAACUCCCAGCAUGCCCGGACAGCCUUUGGCUGUCCGGGCAUGCUGGGAGUUGUAGUUUUGCAACAGCUGGAGGCUCCCUGCUUGGGAAUCACUGACAUAGACAAGUGAUUUACAGCUCCCAGCGGAUCUUUCUUACUUUUAUAUGUAAGGAUUUGCUUUAUCUAUAUUAGUUAUCUACUUAUUUUUCUUUAACUCUCACUUUUUCCUAUUUUUUGGAUGACAUUUUGGUGCCUUUAGAACCAAUUACCAGGUUUCCAUAAAGUCUCAACAUACAAUGGUUUCAACAUACAAUGGUCAUCCUGGAACCAAUUAAUAUUGUAACUUGAGGGACCACUGUACUGGUGUCUGAGAAUUAGUCAGCAGCUCCGGUGCUGCCCAUAUAUGCCUCACUCCUGUAGUGUCACCAACCACAUACAGGCCCUUAGUUACAAAAAGUAGUGAAAAAAAAGAAAUAAUAAAAAAAAUAAUAUAUAUAUAUAUAUAUAUAUAUAUAUAUAUACAUAUGUGUGUGUGUUGGCUAUUACAGUCAGCCCUGCGUGUAAUUUCUCUAGCAUGGAUAGGCAUAAACAAGCGGUGAUCUAGUUGCUCCAAGCAGCGUCUCCACUGCUUUUCAGCACUAGAUCUGAUACACAAGACUCAAUGUAAUUUACGCAUUUAUCAACUAUAUCAGUGUUGAUUUUCCUGCAGCAGAGGGGUUAAAUGUAUAAUUAACUGUGUGGCUGCCAGAGACUCCAGCAGCAUCCUAUUGUGUUGCCAGUCUCUCAGACAACCACAAGUGUUAAGUUUUGCGUAGCACCUUAGGACGAAUGAAGGGAAAUGUUUUAUUGUUAUGGGAAACAGUAUUGUAUGAAGUUUAAAUUAUUUCAUUUCCUCAUGUAGCGGGACUACAUUAAGAUUUUAAGUUAUGUGACAUUUAAUUAUUAUUUCUGUAAUGAUUUGUUUUCUGUAGAUCAGAAUGUCUGUGUACCAUUGGCAGCACAAUUCUUUUGUGUAGGAAGGGAACAAAUGGCUUUUGAGAUCAAUCUAAAUGUUUACUAGUUUCCGUUUGAGUGAUCUGUUUAUUGCAUUGGAGGGGGACACUUCUAAUUCCAGGAAUGGGCUCUACCACUAUGAACCAACUCUUUCAAUUGCCAUGAAGGUUUGGAGGUACAGCAGAGGAUUGUCAUAUGCAGCUAUUGUGUGUCUAAUCAGAUGUACUCACUUCACCUCACUAUGCUCUCGAUUAUUGGAACACUUUUUAUUUACAGGGGGAUAUAACUUAAAGGGGUACUCCGGCAAAAACAUCUUAUCCCCCUAUCCGAAGGAUAGAGGAUAAGAUGUCUUGAUCAUGGGGUCACGCCACUGGGGACCCUCGCGAACUCCGGCGCGGCACCCCGGUCAUCCGUGCACACAGCGAACUCUGCUUCGUGCCCGAUAACAGGCGAUUACAGCUGCCUCACCGCCUCCAUUCAUGUCUAUGGGAGGAGGCGUACUGGCUACGUACUAGCCAUCAUGCCCCCUCUUAUAGACAUGAUGGAGGGGGGUGGUGUGACAUCACGAACAUGGAAGCUCCAAACUUCCAUGUUCCGGAUGCCACCGCUGCCGUCCUGGAGAUAGGGGGGGAUAAGACGUUUUUCACUGGAGUACCCCUUUAAAGAUGUAGUCCAGUGAAAGACAACUUAUCCUCCCUAUCUACAGAAUAUGCGAAAAGUAUCUGAUCACAGGGGUCCGACCAGUGGAUAGGGGAUAAGUUGUAUUUUGCCAGAUUUCCCUUUAAUCAAAUCUAGAGUAAAAUCUGCAGAAUCUAACGUAUUGGUUGUUGAUUUGUUUAGUCUUGAAAAAAGGUACUCUGCAUUUCAAGUGUUCCAAUUCCGGAGAUGACUGGUAUAAGACUAUGAGGUAUUCUAGGACUUUUCAGGUCAAUGAGAACACUUGGAAAGCAGAACAACUUUUUUAAGACUUUUGGAAAUUUCAAUUCUGGCGUCCGCGAAAGAAUAGACUUGUCUAUGUAUUGCCAUCUAUGUGAAGGCACAUUUCAGAGUGUUACUAGUGCUCGCCGGAUCAUUCAAAUGUGCGGAAUGGCCACAAGUGUUUUCCAUGCAGACAUUCUGCACAUUUUAUGCCAUGUGAACAUGGCCUUUGGCUGUCCGAGCAUACUGGGAGUUUAAGUUUGGUAACAGCUGGAGGCACUUAGGUUGGGAAACACUGUCUGAGGCUAGAUUUUUUGGUCAUCUGUACAGACUGCUGUAAACACUACGCUUUUCAAUGUCUGAUGUCUUCUGGCCUCACACAUUCCAAAAUGAUUCCUCUUUGCAAUACAUCUGUCAUUAAAGUACAUUGGCAUUUUGGCAGUGGAAGAUUUUUCUGCCAUGUAUGCCAACAGGACAUCACUAAUGUGUGUGAAUUUUGCUCGACUGCAGUUUCUUUUUAGCAGUACAACUAAAUCUGUUGCCUGGAGGUGGCAGCAUUCUAAACAGAUUUGUUCCAAGUAAAUGCAACAAUGUCACCUGAAUAUACGGUAGUAAUAUAAGCAAUAGUACGCUGCAUAUGAUUUCCAACGCUGUAUGUCCUUUCCUAAUCAUCUCCAUAAAAUACCGUAACAUUCCUUCACUUUCUUAAUGAAUAGUCAUAGUUUUGUAUAGCAAAACUGGUCUUGUAUCACCCAAAGUUCAUCUCCAUUUUUCUCUUUUAUUAUCAUGUCUUUACUGUAUGGGUACAUCAUUGGGCAUACGGAGCACUGCAUGAGUUAUGCAGUUUAAGACAGAGUACUAAGAUGAGAUGUUUGGAUGAUGUAGAUACCAGAUCUCCCCUUUACAACAGGCUUAUAUACUGCUGUCCUGAACGAUCCUUGUACACGUUAUCCAUUACAGCCCAGGGCUUUCCAAUAAUUCUUGUCUUGCUAUAGUAACAAGCAGCACAUUCCUUUACUAGCCAUGGCACCUUUCUCUGUGUAAAGCCAUUGUUGUCAUAAUUUGUGACAUAACCUUCUUUUAUUGCCUUUUUUCCUGAUCACAUUGUCCUUCUGUCCUGUUUGUACAUUCGUCUUUGAACCAGCCUGACCUUUCCUUCUUGUUGUUUGUAUGGGGAUGGGAAAUCAGAAUGAAUAUCAAAGCAAACAAAUGCAUGGAAUAAAAAGCCAGUGUACCUUA